AUGCUCGCCAAUGCCGUGCGAUGCAGCUGGGAUUCAGUCGUCGCCCCCUCCGUGUACCUCUUCGGCUUCACGAUCUACUUCCACCUGCUUGUGCACGUCACUUGCCGACCAAGCUCAUCCCGCUCUACCCGCUGGGCGUCUGCGGCAGCCAUGAGCUCCAAGAGGUUGCGGACUUCAUCCAGCGGCGUCGUGUGCAAGAUGGGCACCAUGAUGGUGCUGGACCUCUGCGCGCUGCGCUGCCCGUCCGAGCUGACCUACGUCACGGAGCUGGCCCUCUGCCACCACCCGCACGUCAAGAACAUCGCGCUGCUGACCCCGACGCCGAUGGUGUCGCUGACGCUCUACUGCAUGACUUUCGCCACGUUCCUGGAGCCGCCCUUGGCCGUGUUCCCCGUGGCGAUGCCGCGCCUGGAGCUCUUUGCAACGGUGCUGGACCGCUUCCCCAACACGUUCCUCUACAUGGAGCUGGGCCUCUUCCUCGGUGUCGCGCUGGCGUUCCUGAACCUGCUCUGCAUCCCACUGCCGCCGGUGGUGCUCAUCCUCGUGACGCUGGUGAUGUUCCCGAUGCUCGUCGGCCCGUCGUGCAUGCCGCUGCCGCUGGUGGCGCUCAACCUCGUGAUGCUCCUGUUUCGCGAGCCGCCGCUGCUGGUGGCGCCCGACCUCGUGCUGCUGGCGAUGUCCGCGCUGCUCUCCGUCCACUUGUCCGCGAAUGACAUCGAGCUGCACGGCGCAAGACGCUACUCCAUAAUAGGCCGCUCAUACGCUGCUUCGACGCGUGGCUCGACCUUGCGGAGUGCGACCUGA